AUGGAAGACGCUUAUUCCAAAAACUCACACAGGGAAAGAAUUUUGUGGGAUUUAAAAAGCAUAAUUAAACAGAUAUAUCACGAAUCUGCAAAACACGAAUUAAGCCCCGAAAAUAGAACGUAUAUAUGCCUGAAACUUGUUAAAAAUUUAGAUGAAACAUUGUGUUAUGGUUUAAAACAACUUUACUUAGGCUAUUGGAAACCUAUUUGUGAAGUCCUACAUCCUCAAACACUUCAGGCUGUGGAACAGUUACCAGUGUCUAAUCAGUCUGAAAGCAAUAGUUUAAUGAAAGGAAGAGCAUGGAUUGCUUUAUCUUUGAAAGAUGAUUCAUUCAUUAAUUAUAUUCAAUGCUUUAUAAAUGAGGGUUGUUUAGACAGAUUUUACGAAGACUGGAGUAUACUUAGAUUCAGUGAUGCUUGUAAUAGUUUCUUGUCAAUACUGUCAGGAUUAGAAAAUGUUAAAUUUAAUUUUGAUGUUGACUAUGUAAAUAAACCAUUGGCGAAUUGCAAUUUACAAUUAAAAUUGCCUGGAAAUGAAGAGUGCAAAUUUAUACCGCUUAACUUAAAAGGAUCAAAGGGUAGUAUAGAUUUAGGAACAUCUAGUUCUUCUCUUACUUCACCUGUAGAUUCAGGUGUUCAUACCCAAGAUUCAUCAUCUGAUAUGGAACCAUUUUCAAAUGAUAAAGAAUUUGAAAUUGACUUGUUAAAUGGAAAUGUCCCUCCAGAUACAGUAUUAAGAAGGAAACAUAAAAAAAAUGCCAAAAGACAUGUUUCCUUUCAUGAAGAUAUUAUAAAUAAAAGUUCUGAGAAAUGCAGAAAAUUAAAAUGGGAUUCUGAGAAUUUAAGGUAUUCUUGGAGCGGGGAAGAAAUCGAUUCGAGUAUUUUAAAAGAAAAACAAUUUAUAGAAAUGAAACCGUAUGAUAAUAAUAACAGGAGCACUCCUCUGAAAGAACUUAAUAUGAAUGAAAGAGGAACACCAGAAGGAGAAGAAACACCAUCUGAAAUAGAACGAUUAAAAAACAAACAACCCCAGAAAUCGGUUAUUGUUAAAAGAUUUCUAUUGAGCAUAAAAAAUCAGUCAAAAUUAAAACAAAUGAGUAAAGUUCAAAUAUCGAAAAAUGAAGUACAGUUAAAUCCGUUGAUGAUAAAAGACAUGAUUAGAAAUCAGUCUGUAUAUAAAGCAUAUAAAUUAAGGGAUUAUUUAUUUAUUAUAACAGACAAUUCACACGCUUUUUCAAUAUACGAAUAUGAUAAUGAAUUACAUACCUUUAUAACCGGAGAUGGAGAACUGACCAAUGAAGUGCUUGGAAAACUUGAAUUUUUAAUAAGGCGAAACCAAUUAGAAUUUCCACAAUUUUAUUUUUUAGAUUAUAACGAUUUUAAAUUUGUUAAAAAUAACUUCGUUGAAAAACUAGUCGUAGAUAAAAAAGAUGACAUUUUAUAUUGCGGAGCCGUUCAUUUGGAUAAAGAAAAUGACUUGACAAAUUCCAUAUUACCAAAUUCAAAACGCGGAUUUUUAAUGUACAGGUUUCUCCAAGGCGGUGACGGAUGGAUUCCAGGAGAUUUUUGCUUGAGAAAUGGAGUUUUGUACCUUUUCGGUGACGACACAAAUUUACCAAAAUUAGCCAUAAACAUAGCUACCGGUUGUCAAUCGUGCAACAGGACGAAAAAUCCCGACAGACCUCACACGUUUCAAAUCACAUUGAUCGAUGGAAAAUUCGAGAAUUUUAACAGUCUAAGAGAGAAUAACGUGACCAAACAAAAAUCAUCCAAAUCCGAGUCUCGUAAAAUAUUUUCCGGCAUUCGUCAAAGAGUAAAUAAAAUGUGGUCGUUUGGAAAUUCAAAAAAUUCAUCUAGCAUAAUUGAAUUUGCUGCUGCUAACGACUACGACCUCUCCGAAUGGUUUCAAAUGAUAAUACAAGCUUCAUGCGAAGCGCAUAAGGAAAAUCUAUUGGAGGGAACAUUAUGGCUCACUCAGAAUUCAUUGAUUAUAACAAAUGAAAUAUGGUGGCUUAAUUCCGAUCUCGAUAUCAUUUCUUGUGCUCGACUAAGAGAUGUAGCAGCAUUUAAAAUAGGAGAAUGUGAAAAAGACUUUUUUACUGUGAUAGAAUUCAUUUGCAUGGAAGCAAAUAGUACAUCCGGUGAUUGGAUUUUAUAUUUAAAUUCGAGGGAAGAAUUAAAUAAAUUGACGUCGAAAUUGAAAUUAUUAUGGAAAAGCAGAGAAAAAUUCCCGUGUUACGAAUUAGAAAAAGGAAUAUUAUUAAAUCGUUGUAAAAAAUCACAGGAAACAAUUUCUGAUAAUUAUUGGAGCCUUCUUCUUUUACAGUAA